UAGUGCAGCAACCUCCAUUUCAGGCUCGAGAAUUCCGGCUGGCUCUUUUGGAUCGCAUCGCACGUACCCAUACACACAACUAUAUAAUACACACGUAGAGCGCUCAGUCUCACAACCCAACCCUAGUGAAGUUCUCUCUACUUGCUACACUUAUUCACACUCUUUUCGUUUUUCUCUAGAUCGUCUCACUUUCAUCAGCAUGGGAAAAAUCAAGAUCGGGAUCAAUGGAUUUGGAAGAAUCGGGCGUUUGGUCGCUAGAGUUGCGCUGCAGAGUGAUGAUAUUGAACUUGUCGCUGUUAAUGAUCCAUUUAUUACCACCGAUUACAUGACCUACAUGUUCAAAUAUGACAGUGUUCAUGGUCAAUGGAAAAAACACGAGCUUAAGGUCAAGGAUUCAAAGACCCUUCUCUUUGGUGACAGGCCAGUGGCUGUGUUUGGUGUUAGAAACCCAGAGGAGAUCCCAUGGGGUGAGUCUGGAGCUGAAUAUGUGGUGGAAUCCACAGGGGUUUUUACCGAUAAGGACAAGGCUGCUGCUCAUAUAAAGGGAGGAGCAAAAAAAGUUGUAAUUUCUGCCCCAAGUAAGGAUGCUCCUAUGUUUGUUGUGGGCGUGAACGAGAAAGAGUACAAGGCAGAUAUUAACAUUGUUUCUAAUGCUAGUUGCACUACCAACUGUCUUGCCCCAUUGGCAAAGGUUAUUAAUGACAAGUUUGGUAUUGUUGAGGGUUUAAUGACGACUGUCCACUCUAUUACUGCAACACAGAAAACUGUUGAUGGUCCGUCAAUGAAAGACUGGAGAGGUGGAAGAGCUGCUUCAUUUAACAUUAUUCCCAGUAGCACUGGAGCUGCAAAGGCUGUUGGGAAAGUACUUCCUGCUCUAAAUGGAAAACUUACAGGGAUGGCUUUCCGUGUCCCCACUGUUGAUGUUUCAGUGGUCGACCUAACUGCAAGGCUUGAAAAGGCUGCUUCAUAUGAUGAAAUUAAAGCUGCUAUCAAGAAGGAGUCUGAGACUAACUUGAAGGGGAUCCUAGGGUACACAGAAGAUGACGUAGUAUCGACUGACUUUGUAGGUGAUUGCAGGUCUAGCAUUUUUGAUGCCAAGGCUGGAAUUGCUCUUAAUGGCAACUUUGUUAAGGUUGUCUCUUGGUAUGAUAAUGAAUGGGGUUACAGUAACCGCGUAGUUGACUUGAUCCGGCACAUGGCAUCUGUUGCAUGAGCUGCUUGUGGGAAAACCCUUUCUUUCUCUGAUUCUCCUCUGUUGCAGAAUAACUGAGCUGAUGAAUUUCUUGGAACCUUUAAUUUUGCGCUAGAUUUUGUGCUGUAAUAUGUAAAUUGAAGCUGUGGCUUAGAGUUCUUAAUCACGCUAGAUUUUGUGCGAUGUGAAGUGGAACAGAAGCUGUAGCUCGAGUUUUGUCAUUAACAGUUUUCCUUUCCGUACAAUUGUGCUUUUGCCGUUUUACCAAAGUUUUUGGGACGCCACGAGAAUCAGAAAUCAGUAUUCCCCACUAUAAUAUCUAGAAGAAUUGGUACUACCUUUGCUCUUUUGAUGUUUAAGGAAUGGGGAGGUCAAAAUCUAGAUCCCCCUAUCACGAUUUUGUACAAGUUUCAAAUCCAUAACUUCUUGAUUAAAAUAAAAUCAUUAGUUUGCAAUUUA